AUGGCUGAGGCGGAGAGAGAUGACCGCGAGAAACGGGUAAUUAAAGAUGCACCCAAAGCUUGGAAAGCGGACAUAUGGGCACAUUUCGGUUUCUACGAAGUCAACGGGAAACUUGACAAGACUUAUGCAGUGUGUAAAACGUGCCACACUAAAAUCAAGCACGUUGGCAAUACAACUAACUUCACAAACCAUGUUGAUCGUUGGCAUCCUGAGUUGGCUUCAACAACAACAACAACACAAAAAGUCGACACAACACAGCCAAGAAUUGACGAGUCGCUAAUGUCAACGUUGCCACACAACUCAGAGAGAGCUAAGAGGAUCACACGAUCGGUGGCAUGUUUUAUAGCCAAGGAUCUACGUCCCUAUUCAGUGGUUGAAAAUGCGGGGUUUCGCCACAUGCUUAAAACAAUUGAGCCUCGGUAUAAGCUACCGACAAGAGCUACCUUCACUGAUUCUGCGCUUCCCGCAUUGUACAAAGAAACCAAAGCAAAGGUAAUGGAAUCAAUGUGUAAAGCCAGUCGUGUAGCCAUUACAAGUGAUGCCUGGACUUCAGUCGCAACAGAGUCCUAUGUAACUAUAACGGCACAUUAUAUUAGCGAGGAUUGGCAGAUUGUAUCACAUGUGCUGCAGACGAAAGCAGUUUAUGAAAGCCACACUGGUGCUCAUAUGGCGAGGCUACUUUUGGAUGUUGUGGAGGAAUGGCAGCUAACAGAAAAAAGUGUUGUGCUUGUGACGGACAACGCCGCUAAUAUGAUUAGUGCUGCUGAAAUUGGUAAGUUCCCUCACGUUAAAUGCUUCGCGCAUACGUUGAACCUCGCUGCGCAGCGGGCGCUUAAGCUACCGACGGUCUCCAGGCUUCUGGGCAGAGUCCGACGUAUCUCAGCAUACUUUCACCGCAGCACAAAGGCAAAGCACCUGUUUGAAGAAAACCAGAGAGUUGUUCUUAAACUGACAAGUCCACUUAAAUUGAUAACUGAUGUACCCACAAGGUGGAAUAGUGCUCAUGAUAUGAUGGAGAGGUUUUUGCAACUGCAAGCUGCUGUGCAUGCUACCCUGCUGUCACCUGCCCUAAAUGUAGAUGAAAGUGACAUUGUCACUCUCAGCAGAUCAGAUCUGGCUAACGUGGAGGAAGUAGUGAAGACAUUAAAACCAGUGAAGGAUGCCACUGUUUUUAUGUCAGAAGAGAGUAGUCCUACAGCCAGCCUUAUUGCACCAGUAUAUGCCCAACUCCUCCAGAGCAUGUCAGACAGUAUUGGAGAUCAACCACUGAUCCGCGAUGUGAAGAAUGCUAUCAAAACAGAUCUCCUUAAACGGUACAACAGUGGGGCAGAGAAGAAGAUCCUGUAUACAUCCUCUGCCCUGGAUCCUCGCUUUAAGGGGUUACCUUUUCUGACAGAGGAGGAGAGAUUGGAUGUCUCAGCAGGAGUGACUUCAGAGGCUGCAUCCCUGGAGUAUGAGAGAAGACAGAGGACAAAAGCAGAUGAAGCGCAUGGUGAAACAGGAAGUUUAGGAUCCAAUGAAGAAUUGCUGUCUGUGGAUGACAAUGUGUCAGAUUCAGCAGGCCCCUCUGCUCCCAAAAGAAGGGCCUCAUCAUCACUCAUCAGUUUGCUGGGACCUGCUUUCAAUGACAUCAGUGAACCUGCAGUACAAAGUAAGACCGCCGAUGCCAGUGCUGAGGAGGAAAUGGACUUGUACUGUAGAUCCCCAGCGGUGUCUCUCUCUGAGGAUCCCUUGGACUGGUGGCUUCGCCAUAAGGGAACAUUUCCUCUCCUCUCUAGGUUGGCAAAGAGAUACUUGUGCAUCCCAGGGACAAGUGUGUCAGCAGAGAGGGUGUUCUCCACUGCAGGAGAUGUAAUCACUGCAAAAAGAAGCGCUCUCAAACCGGACCAUGUCGAUCAGCUUGUGUUCUUGCACAAGAACCUUGAAAUUCCCAAAUGCUGA